AACGUGGCUCCCAUUCAGAACUGAGUGAGGCCUACGAGCCGCGGAGGUCGCCAUUGGCCUGCUUUCUUGUCCGUCAGAUGAGGGAGGGCCGCCUUGUUUUCUGUUAUUUUUGUGUGUGUUUUUUUAUGUAUAUAUAUUUAUUUAUUCCCCUGUUGCCUCGGUACGGAAGCCGAGCGGGGACCGGCUGGUUACUCAGCGGCCACGGGUCUCCACCCGAGAGAAUGGCGGCUGGAAUCUGCUCCGGGUCGCGGUGAAGAGGGUGAGAGAGAGAAGCGGAGACAUGCCGGAGAUGGUGAGGAAAAAACAAAGAGACGCAAGUUCUGUCAUUUUGUGUCGCUGCAGUUUUAGCUUGUGUUGCUUUCCCCCACAGCUUAAGAAAUUGUGCCUGUAGUUUUUACCAAAUCCCCCUUUUCCACUCUCAGCGUUCCCAGUGGAGCAAGUUUGUUUUUUUUGUGAUGCACACACAGGGCUGAGGGAAGCAGAUGAAAACCCCGCACGGUCCACAUCAUCGGGCGAUAUUUUCAUCCUCCCUGUGCGCGUUUUUUAGGGGGUUGGGGGGAGGGGGAACAGCUGCAGUCCACGGAUGCCAGCGCUUGGCCUGUCUGCUAUGGGGAAGAAUUUCCACAAUGAAACCCUCCGAGUCUUUGUGCUCUGCAUUAGUUGAGCAAUGACAGCGCUAUUGACGAGCCCGUUCAAAAUGGGACGCGGAUGGUGAGCGCAGUGGAGGGGGGGGGAGAAACAUUUUGACUUUAUUUCAAUGACGCGUGGAGAUUGAUAUCCCUUACCAGCUGAUUAAAAACCCACAAUGCGCGAGUAUAAAGUGGUGGUCCUGGGCAGCGGUGGGGUCGGGAAAUCAGCCCUCACCGUGCAGUUUGUCACCGGGACGUUCAUCGAGAAGUAUGACCCCACCAUAGAGGAUUUCUACCGCAAGGAGAUCGAGGUGGACUCCUCGCCCUCGGUGCUGGAGAUCCUGGACACCGCCGGUACGGAGCAGUUCGCCUCCAUGCGGGACCUGUACAUCAAGAACGGACAGGGCUUCAUACUGGUCUACAGCCUGGUCAACCAGCAGAGCUUUCAGGACAUAAAGCCCAUGAGGGAUCAGAUCAUCAGAGUGAAAAGGUAUGAGAAGGUCCCUGUGAUUCUGGUGGGAAACAAGGUGGACCUGGAAAGCGAGAGGGAGGUGUCGUCCGGCGAAGGCCAAGCCCUGGCAGAGGAGUGGGGCUGCCCCUUCAUGGAGACCUCGGCCAAAAGCAAAACCAUGGUAGACGAACUGUUUGCAGAAAUCGUUCGGCAGAUGGACUACGCCGCCCAGCCAGACAAGGAUGACCCCUGCUGUUCCUCGUGCAAUAUACAAUAACCCCCCCUGGGGGGUCUUUUGACUUACAUGAGACAGACUCAUUCUUAGACACACACACAUGCACACGCCAGCUACAUUUAGGACAAAUUCAUGUUUGAAUGCAAUUGAUAUCAGCUCAGCGGAGCAUAAAAACUGUCUGACACGAUAAUUAAUAAAGACAAGUGAGUAACGCAUACAUCCUGGAUGAGAAAAACAAAGGAUAUGCCACAAGAGAAUUUGACAAACGAUAAAGUGGAACAUGCCCUCGCCUUAUGUUAGUUUCUUUGUUGUUUGUUUUGAUCUUUUCAGGUAUAGAGGAGAUAGAUCCUCGGCAAACAAUCACAGACUGCAGUCUUUACACAGAGAUCCAUUUCUCUUUCUCCGUGACUUGACUCCACAUCAAUCCAAUAAAGCUUUCCUGGAAACCAGCCAUUUCAGAUAUUUCAGAGUACUAGAGAUGCUAUAUGUACUUUUUUUUUUCUCCAGUUUAGUUUGUGCAGUGGCUGUCGGGAGGUUUUUCUACUCAUCACAGGGCUGAAAUACAGGGGUGACCUGAAGUCGCCUCCAUUUUCUAAUACUUUUUUUCAGUUGAUCACAACAGCAUUGGAAAGAAAAAUGGUUAAGUCUGUUUUUCUUUUUAAAAACACACGCAGCCAUCUCUUCCAUUUUCUCACAUAGCAGUCUUUCACAUAUUGUGUGAUGUUUUCCUUUCUCCUCUCUGGGAGACUCUGACAGCAGAUUGCUGUGUAGUAGUGUAACUAAAUGCUUCAUUCUGAUGGGACAAAGAGUAUUUUCAUUCUUUGUAUUUCCACCAAAGACUAUCACCACGCACUUGAUUCAAGAAUGAUUGACACUCAAGGUGAAGAUGCCAACUUUUCCUUCCCCCCUCGGCAAUCAGUAUGAAAAGAAGCACCUGAGAGUUGCAGCAUUGUUUCUGUGCUGAGAGGAUUCAGACUCAUGUUCAUGAGUAGUAAAAUGAGGAGCUUGACAACAAUAACGGUAGUGUAAAUAUUUUGUAUUGGCAGUGCCAGCUCAAACAAAGACUCUGACUCAACACAAGGAUCGUAUGCAUGGCUAGAAAACAAUGACAAAAAAAAGAAAGGACUCUUAUUGUUUGAGGUGAAUCUAGGUUGUGGAAAUGUGCAAAUCAAACAUGUCUGGAUCUGGACACUGUUCAAGCUGUACAUUUGUGUUGGGCACGGGGAGCAAACAUUUCCCCCGUGUGGCCAUUUUCAUUGUUGAUUUUCUAUUUUUUUAUGUAACCAUCUCUCUAUCCCUCUACAAAUUGUGACACUGUUACAUUUGACAACUGAACAAUAAAAGUGCUUUCAGCACUGGAGUGGA